AUGGUGAGGACUAGCGUGGCGAACGAUGCUCUUAAGAGCAUUUGUAAUGGAGAGAAAAAAGGGAAACGUCAAGUCAUAAUCAGACCAUCUUCCAAAGUGAUCAUUAAGUUUCUCACUGUCAUGCAAAAACAUGGUUACAUUUCAGAGUUUGAAUAUGUGGACAAUCAUAGAUCAGGUAAGAUUGUUGUUGAGCUUAAUGGAAGGCUUAACAUAUGUGGUGUUAUCAGUCCUCGAUUCGAUGUUGGUGUCAAGGAAAUCGAAGGAUGGACUGCUAAAUUACUCCCUUCAAGACAGUUUGGGUACAUAGUCUUGUCUACAUCAGCUGGAAUCAUGGAUCAUGAAGAGGCUAGGAGGAAAAGCGUUGGUGGCAAAGUGAUUGGUUUCGUCUACUAA